AAAGAUAUGUGCAGCAGUAUUUUUUAUUAUUCAACACUUGCCACUGCAUACUGUAAGUGGGUCUGUCAGUGGCAGAUCAGCUCCAAAAUGGGGAGAGAGUAGAGUGCUAUUUGCCAAUGUUAAUCUCUUACUGUAGUCUAGCCUGCAUGUGGCCACUCCCUGUCCUGGCGGGCAUCAUGGGUGGGGCUUCACUGCCAUCAUUGUCACUCACUGUCCUCAGCCUCCGCUUGGCACUGACAGAUCAGCCGUGACCGUGACAGGGACCAUCACCGGAUGGCUGAAGGGAAGCCUGGCUGCUGACCUGAAGAUGCUCCUUACCGUGGCUGACGGCAAGAAGACUGGAGAGAUGGAGACCGCCACCACCUGCCCCUCUUUUUUGAAGAUCAGCAGCACCCUGUCUCCUCCGAAGCGCAGACUCUGGACUGUCUUCCGUAAGCCCAUCCUGACCCUGGCGGUGGGUGGGCUGGUGUUUGGUGCGGGCACCGCCGCCUCCCUGCUGUACUUCACCCAGCUGGGCUGCGUGCCGUACCUGGUGGGGCCCGUACUGCUCUCCGUGGGGCUGAUGUUCCUGGUGACGGGGCUGGUGUGGAUGCCCCUCAUCAAGCAGAGGCUGGAGCACAAAGCCCUGGCUCAGAUGAACUACAGCAAGCUGUUCAGCUCGGAGGCAUCUGUGGCAACGACGACGACGGCCGGAUACAUGCAACCCUGUGCCAGCAUCUCACAAGAUGUAGACUGGCUGGCCUAAACAUUCCUCUUUCUGUGCUUGCACCAUGCAAACAUAUCAGAGUUGUACAGUUGUGUUUGUGACAUUGGGACAUUUAAAAGAGACAAAAAAACACUGGCAAAAAUAGAUUUGUGGAUUUUAUACGCUGUGAAAGACUCCUAUCAAAUGGCAACCAAAAGAGGACUGCUGUGACGCCAUAAACUGUCAUUUUCAUUGCUCCCAUUGUUGCACGGGGCUGGAUAAUCCCUCAGAACAGGAUUAGCAAGGCAGGAAAUGCUAUUGAUGUUAGAGGCCACGGCCAUCUGAAUGCUGACUUAAUCUAACUGAUGGGAUUCCUUAAUA